AUGGGAAGAGAGCCAACCAGCGCCAGUUGCCAUACAUGUCGUCGUCGCCGCAUCAAGUGUGACAAGGGGAAGCCGUCUUGUGGCCAGUGCGAAAAGUCUCGAUAUGAAUGCCUGGGAUACGAGCGAAUCCUCCGAAUCCAGAGCCAUGGAGUUGGGCUGAGCAAACAGCCGGGCCGUUCAAGCUUGGUCAAGAUAGGCGAAUCAGGGUCUUAUCCCACCAAGGAGCCCGUCGAAAAUGAUGAUGACGAUGAUUCUCAACUUCACGGCCAUGACCGAGGCGGGAAAUGUAGACGCAAGAAACCCCAGAAGCGGCAGAUCACCGGCGGUGCUUCACCAGCAGCUGCAGCAUCACAAUCACAGAAUCUCGAUACUCACCUACCGCAAGCUCUGAUCAGCCAGACCAUCCAACCAAGCCUGGAUCCAUUCAUCGACAACAUUGCCUUCUCCUACUUCUUCGAUGCCUACAGCUGGAUCAAUAUUCACAGCAUCUUGCUUCAAGAUACCCCGAUGCGUCAGCAUCUCACUGAGCAGAGAGACGAGCUAGGCUACGAUAGCCUUCGUGCGUUGGCAUAUGGAAUCUUUGGUCGAGAUCACCAGGUCCAAAGCCUACAGCAUAAAAGCGGACGGAUUUAUGGCACAGCCCUCCAGAAGUUGCAAACAAAGCUCACCACAUCAUCCAAACCGGAGUUGGCAGCUCUCAUCAAGCCCAUAUCCAUCAUGGGAUCGUAUGCGAUUGCCGUCGACUCCGAUCUCCGCUUCAUUCACCACCAAGGGCUGGCUCGCAUUCUAGAACAUUGCGGGCCGGAAUACUUCCAAAACCCUUCGAUUCUGCCCGUGUUCGAGUCUUGCAGGUUCACAAUGCUUGCCAAUGCGCUUGUUCAAAGGCAGGGCACGUUUCUCGACCAGGAGCGGUGGAGGAUAGUGCCGUGGUCAACGUCUCCCGAGACAAAGACUGCUACAAACAAGCUUCUCGACAUAAUCUCCAGUCUUCCCGCUCUCCUCCAAAAGACUGACAAAGUUCUCAAUGAGCGCUCUCAAUGGGUCGCGGGUAAUUCCGACGUCAUUCGUGAGGAGACUCCAAGCACAGUUUCGGAUCUUCAAGCGCAGCUAGAGUCCAUGCUCUUGGACCUAAUUGCAUGGCGCUAUCACUGGUCCCUGGACAACUUUCCCACAGCGCAGAAUAUUCUCGAUUGGGCAUUAUUUCGAGUUGGUGAUGAAUCAUAUCGACCUGGCAUCUCCCAUGUCCAAGGCCCAGACGUAUAUGGGCUGAACCUUGGCACAACCAUUGGCCUAGACAUUCCUUUUGGGUUAACCAACGAUGCUCACAAAGAUCUCGAUGCGAAUUCUAAUACUUUUGCUCUGGUGCAAGAGGCUGCUCUAUACAUUACGGCUCUGAUCAGCAUGGAACGACUGCGCAAAAACCUUGCCGGCGCCGCUCGUGCCGCGGAGGCGGUUGACUUUUAUAACGCGCCCUUUUUCUCUACGUGCCGGUGCUACUUUGACAAUCCCGGACCAUCACGGCUUUGUCAAAUAUUUCCCGAACCAAGCGACAACGUCAGCACCGCUGCGUCUUGGAACAUUAAUUCCGCAAGAGUGGCUGAGUCUCCCAUUAGAUCAUUAAGCGGCGAUAGCGCUGGGGCUUCUACAAAGCCGACGGCUCGUCCGCUCAACGAAGAGCCUAUCUUGGGCGCCACAGGAACGAUGCUUCUCCCUGGAGAUGGUCGCUUCUCUGCACAGCUACGGAUCUUGAAUUGGCUGAUUAAACAUUUGCCGGAGAGUCGAGCUCAUGUUUUAGCCACGCUCGCCGCAAUGGGGUUGAGCCACUGCGUCCACGACGUUCGCCCAUCAGAGGGGAAUGAGUAUAUUGCCGAAACCGUCCGCGACACCAUGAUGAAGUCAAGGUUUGGAGAUGCAGCGGAAGUCUUGCUGAAGAGAUACCGGAUGCCAAACGCACAUUUUCGCCACCGCGACCUGCUCCGGUGGGAUCCCGAUCAUCAAGAUGUAGAAUCUUCUGAUGAAGAGUUUGAAGAGUUCGCCCUGCUGGCGGGAUUGCGGCCCGUUGGGGGUCGCUUCUAUGAAGGUGCCAAUGUCUAUAGGAUCUUCUGCGCUUCCGGAGCCAUCUGCUGGUGCCAAUUAAGAGACCGCGAAUGGACUGACCGACUGACUCUGGACGAGGCGGCGAGCGCCAUCUUUGAAUUGCGAUCACAAGGGCUGAUAACCGAUGGUCAGUCUUUAUUCGACUGGUGGGUGGCCACAGAAAUUCGACGUGGGGAGAAUGAACGGGAGUGA